AUGUUGCUGCUGUUUUUCUUCAAAAUAGUGUGUCCAGAAAUUUCGGACAAGAUAUUUUCCAAUGUGUCAAAUUGCUGUCAAGAGAACGAGAUGUCAAACGAUUAUGUGACACUCCGAAGUAUAAAGAAAGAAGGGGAAACUUGGCCACUUUUUCUCGCUGCUCAUGAUGUAUCAAAAAGAACCGGAACUUUUCGUGAAUAUCGACCACAGUUUGUUAUUCUAGCCGGGAUCAUUCAAAGUAAUACAAAAUUACGGUCUCCGGAUUUCAAAUCGUUUUUCGAACGUAUGAAACUGGGAAUGGAAGAGACUAAUGAAAAACCACUGCGAGUCAAGCUGGAAGAGAACUGGUACAGUGUUCGAUUAGAGAUAUUUCAGUCAAUGCUCGAUAUGGACGUAAAUCUUUUAUUUUGUUAUUGUCACAAUGUGAUGAUCUAUAAGUUGUUCAGGCCUCCAGGAAAAUCAGAGGAUUACCCAACUGGCUGUCGUAUGGCUGUUGUUCCAUAUGUGAUAUUCAAGGAAAGCAGACAAAAACGAAACAUGGUCAGACGAUAUGUUGGUAUUCUGAAGAAGCAGUACGUCUAUAUCACGAUAACUACCAUCCCAAAAAUGUUCAUUGAUCACAUGGUUUCCUCCAUCCGUUUCCAUGGAAGUCCUCUUAUAUCAAGCGCAUCAAGUUUUGAAAGAUUGAAUCAAACAUUGCGAAGAAGUUCUAACGCAUACACUACCAGAACUCUAAUGAAUAUCUCUGAUAGAUUCAUGGGCAUGAAGAGAGCCUCGGAACACUGUUCAAGUUCUUUGUACCAGAAGGAAAUAUCAACUCCAAAAACCAUGUCAGCUUUCUUAGACGACAACGAUAACGACAUAGUACCAGAGGAGAAAUGUGACAGUGAGAUAAUCACAGAAGAAGAAAAAGCAGCCCUAGAAAAUUUUUAUAUCAAUGGAAAACCACCCAAAUUCAGGUCAAUCUACAACAAUGGAAAACAUACUUUUUCUACUCGACGAAGUUGUAUGCAGAAGACUGUUCACAACUGCUAUGUCUACUUGAAAGAUAAUAGAGGCCUCAUUGCAUUUGGCUCAAUUGAACGAAUUUUCUCGACUCCGUCAGAAUGUACUCUUGUGUCGCUACAAAAUUUCGAAACCGUUGACCCCUUCCGACAGUUCAGCAAUUACUUCAACCAACACUCAUUUUCAAAUAAUUUGUCACAUAUCCUCAAUAAGGCUAAUGAUUAUUUUCGAAAAAUUGUUGAUUGUACUUUUAAAGUUGUCAAUGCUAAGAGUUUGGAAGGAUUUGUUACAUUAUUUGAGUAUUAUGCCUCCAAAAAAACUGGUAAUUUUCCGACAACUGGUCAAUACAGGAAAUCAGAAAGAAGAAGUGCCCGUUUCAAAAAGGGUAACCAGAUCGAGACUGAUUCAGAAACAUCUCCGGAGAGAAACCAGAAACCAAUAAUGAGAAUCAAAGAGGAGUGUGUUGACAGCACACCAAGAACUUAUCUCACUCUUUCUGAAUGCAAAAAAAAGUACCCCGAACUGAAGACGUACGAACCAGAAGGACGCAAAAAGCGUAAAAUACUAGAUGCUCACGAAUACGAUGGAAUGGAAGAAGAGGAAAAUGAAGAAUCAGAUAUAGAGGACGAGAUAGAUGAAGAUGAAAAAAAAUCUUUGAAAGAUGCAGUGAAGGAUGGAAACGUUCUCCGCGUGGGAUCCACCAUCAGAAAAGGGUUCGAUGAUCAAUCUAUCAGUGAUUUACAGUUUGAGGUACUUUUGGUUUCUGUAUUAAAAAAUGCGCUGAACCCACCAUAUCACAUUUGGAAUUACAGCUACCGACCAAAGUGCGUUAGAUCUACGGAUAAACAUUUUCAGCUACUACCCGAACAAGUUUCAGAUACUCUGCUCGAUUUUUCAUACGAUGUAGUUGGAGUGUUUCUUCCUGAUCAUCUGUUAUACGGAAAAAUCAGCGAAAAUGAGAGUUUUCUCAAAAUUUCUGGUGACCCAAUGAAAGAAAUCCGAAGAAGACGAGAUAAACGGGAAAACGUGGCCGAAACCAGUAAAUCAAGUAUUGGGCAUAUGCUGCACGUUUGA